AGAAUAAAAUAUGACGACAAUAAGAAAACGCACAAAAGGAAAGUCGUCAUCCCCGAAAUCCCCAUACCCUGUCAGUCUGCUCCUCAGUACCCCUAAAUAAUUACAAUAAAAAACAUUAAACCUCUCUGAUUCAACCAUCUUGCCGAUCAAUCGAUCGAUUCAAUUCGAUUUGCCAUUGCUAUUUGGCAAAAGUGGGAGGAAAAGAGAAUUAGGAAGAAAAAAAAUGCACUCUUUCGGGUACAGAGCCAACGCUUUACUGACCUUCGCCGUCACAAUUCUGGCGCUGAUGUGCGCCAUGGCCUCUCUCUCCGACAACUUCAAUUCGCCUUCUCCCACCGCCGAAGUUCAAGUGUUGAAUAUUAAUUGGUUCCAGAAGAAACCUGAUGGUGAUGAUGAGGUCAGUUUGACUCUGAAUAUAUCGGCAAACUUACAAACUUUGUUCACGUGGAAUACAAAGCAGGUUUUUGUAUUUUUAGCAGCUGAGUAUGAAACCCCAAAGAACGGGCUGAAUCAGGUUUCCUUGUGGGAUGGUAUUAUACCUACCAAGGAACAUGCAAAAUUUUGGAUUCAUACGACAAACAAAUAUCGUUUUAUCGACCAAGGAAGCAACUUGCGGGGUAAAGGCUUCAACUUAACGUUGCAUUGGCACAUCAUGCCAAAGACUGGCAAGAUGUUUGCUGACAAAAUAGCGAUGACUGGUUUCCGCUUGCCGGAGACAUAUAGAUGAGAAUGGUAUGACAUUUGAUGUAACUUUAUUCUUCCCUUCGUUGACGAUACAGUCACUUGGAACGAAAGCAAAGAGAAGAAAUAGGGAUGAAUUAAUUAUUGACCAUCCAAAAGAAAUUUUUCAUUUACCUUUAGAACUUGAACUUAUCAGACAAAUGUUUUCUUCUGCUUUGAACUAUGAUUUUCCAACUAUUUUGCUGCAUGAUAGGUAGCAAAAUUAUAAAUUCA